AAGGAAGGAAGGAAGGAGCUCUUCAUCUACUGCCCCGCUGUCUUGGCGCCAAUGCGACUCCCCGGGAAAUAAACCAUUUUCAUUGACAUUUCAAGCAAAAUUAGCGACUAGUUGCUUCUCCAGCACAUUAUAUGCCAUUGUCACAUGUAAUCUGCCCCCUAUAGUCACGGCACUAAUAACCCAGCAACAGCAGAGCACCGGGACAAUAGAGGUGCGUUUCUCCGGGGAGACGGAUAACAGACGCUGCACAAAGAUGGGGAGAAAGUCUAACAGAGCAAAGGAGAAGAAGGCUCGGCGUCAGGAGGAGAGGGCGGCCAUGGACGCAGUGUGCGCCAAGGUGGAAUCAGCCAAUAAGCUUGAUGACCCACUGGAGGCCUUCCCAGCCUUCAAAAAGUACGACAGAAAUGGGCUGAAUCUGCAGAUAGAGUGCAAGAGAGUGACUUCCCUCAACCCUCUGUCUGUGGAGUGGGCCUUCGAACUCACCCGCGCCAACAUGCAAACACUAUAUGAGCAGAGCGAGUGGGGGUGGAAGGAGAGGGAAAAGAGGGACGAGAUGAACGACGAGAGGGCGUGGUACCUGCUGGCUCGUGACGCAGACUCGGCCCCUGUGGCCUUCUCUCACUUCCGAUUUGACGUGGAGUGUGGGGAGGAGGUUUUAUAUUGCUACGAGGUGCAGCUAGAGAGCAGAGUACGGAGGAAAGGGCUCGGCAAGUUUCUUAUCCAAAUUCUACAGCUCAUCGCUAACGGUACACAAAUGAAAAAAGUCAUGUUGACGGUCUUCAAACACAACCACGGGGCUUACCAGUUCUUCAGGGAAGCUUUACAGUUUGAAAUUGACGAGACCUCACCCAGCAUGUCCGGUUGCUGCGGCGACGACUGCUCCUACGAGAUCCUCAGCAGGCGGACCAAACACGGCGAGGCUUCGGCGGGCCACACCCACAGCGGCGGCCACUGCGGCGGCUGCUGCCACUGACCAGCUGCGGCUACGCGUUCAACCAUCGGUCAAAAGCCAGCAACUUCGAUAACUGCGUGAAGGCUUGAGGGUUGUGGGUAUGAAUGGCGUUUCAAAUUGUCGGCAUGGAUGCAGAUACUGAAGCAGCGUUCUGGAUCAAGGCUUUGUUUUAUGUUUUUUUUUGUACGUAUGUGAGUUUGCAAGUGUUUUUGCUGCAAAGGCGAUAUGCAGUGUGAGCGUUCACCUUUUUUUUUUUUUUUUUUUUCUUUUUCUCAACCUCUUGGCUGAAUGGCCAUUGUUUUCCUCAUUCCUAUUGAUCACACUCAGUAUUUUCCAGUCAAAAAAACAAACACAAAAAACCUGAGGCAAUGCUGAUGCUCUCCAUCUACUGUUUUACUACACUGUAAUCAUUGUGCUUCUUAAACUGUGAUUCGGGACCUAAAAUUGGCUGCUGGUUCUAAACAAAUGCUCCGCACUUAUGUUGCGCUCUUUUUUUUUUUUAUUUUAUUUUAAGGUCUACAAACCGGUUUAGUUAUUUUUCUUGUUUAUAAUUCACCCAUUGUCACACACGGCACAGUAUAAGUCCACUUUUUUAUAUGGUAUGCAGCACUUUUGUCUCUACAAUCACAAAUGGAUGAGUUUUUUUGGAGGAAAUAUGUGGCUAGGCGUUUUCUUUAAAGACCCCUUCGGCGUGUAAACGGGCCGGGUAUCGAACCGCCGACCUUCUGGUCGGAGGAUGACCACUCGACCUGCUGAUUCACAACCGUCAUUUUGGAGACUGGACUGUCGAAUAGAAAUUUCUACAGUCUCUCAAUUAUAAUGUAGGUUUUUCUGCAGUACUUGGUUGUUAAUUUAAAAUCAUGCCCUUGGCUGAGAUACUGUGGGCACUAAGCAGAGGAGGUAAGACAUUUUUGUAAAAGAAUCUGCGGUUUCUCGACCACUUUAACUGAAAUGCCGGAUCAUGGGAUGAGGAUCGAUGAAAGCACCUCGAAGCCCCGUUGCUUUAUAAUUUAUCUGUUAAAACUUUUACUUUGAUAGAUAGAUAGAUGGUAGCGAUACCACUGCAGUUGGCAGUAAACACGAUGGCCAAUGAUAUCACUGGUCCACUCCUGAUUUUUAUAGUUUUUUAAAUCUCCAAGUAUGCCUUUUUUCUUUAGCAAGUAUCUCUUCUCCAAGUAUUUAAAUAAUUUCAUCUGUUGCUGUGAAUUAGGAGUCGUUUAUUUGGCCAAAAGUUCUGUUUUUGGUAUUUUAAGAUGGAAUGAUGACACGCGUAUAUAUCUUUAUUUUUUUUUCUAUAAAUUACUCUUAUAAUGGUAAUAAUAGUAUUUACCUUCUACCUGCUGUCAGCUAGUGUCAGAAAAUAGUUUUUUUUUUUUAUUUGCGUUACAAUUUACAUCUUAUCUCUGUUAAAGCAUAACAUUGAGUCAGACGUGGAGGAAGAACAGCUGUUAGGACAAGUUAUCACUAAUCGUUUCUCAGCGCAGCUUUGUCUGUUUUGGUUUUGGCUGUUUUUGCUCGUCAGAUUUAUAACAACUUUAGUUCACAUGUGCAGCUCGCAGCCAGGCUGCAUCUCUGAAGGUCAGACGGCUGAGGAGGCGGGGGAAAUAAGGGCAGAUGUUCACAGAUCUGUGUAAUUUAGAGGAAUUUAGGUACAGUUAGUCCAAUAUAUCACAAGAUGUAGUGACAUUGUUGGUAAGUGGAUACGAAGAAGUUGCGAACCAGUUUGCAGCUCUCCUUGUUGCUCAGAGAUGCAGCAAUCCCGUAUGAACAGUAUCGUGUGUGACCUGAUACUAGUAAAAAUAGACAACAAUUUGUACUUUGAUUUGUAAAUCUGUAUGCAGUUAAAAACAAAGCUCCUGGUAUGAUCCCGUCUCUCCUUCAGGUCCCCAACUGCUUUAAUCAGAGAUGAAGCCAACCGAGUGUGAACGAGGAUUAUUUUAUCUCUUCUCCCUUUUAAUGCUGUGAAAUGCACAUUUGACUCUGAAAUGACCCUUCCCCUGCUUCAGUCCUGAAAAACUGCCCUCUGCUUCUUCCUGUCGUUGCUGUCUAAAGACUAAUUAUCAGUAAAAGCCCCCCAAUCACCUGUCGUGAAGUUGAUUCUCUUCAGAAAGGCACUGAUGUCGAUUCAGUGUCGAUGCUGUUUAUAAAAACCAUCAUCAUUAUUGCAUAUCUUGUUGACAAAUCAUAUUGAUUUUAAAAUGGGGUGGGAAUUGGUAAUUGUCAUAUGCGCUGAAGGAAUUUGUUUUUACAGCUCGUACUUUUCUCGUUUCAUCGGCAGUGAACGUUUUCACAGCCUCGCCUGAGUUGCUUGCAUGAUGAAAUAUGAACAAAGCGAAUCAGCCGAAAUGACCGUAACAGCAAAGCUGCUUCUGAACUUCAGUAGCCCGAAGUGAUCCAGUGUCUGGAGAGGUAAUGUUUUUGACUAAGAGCAUUACUUUGAAUAUUUCAUACAAAUGGGAUAAGUAAAAACCACAAGAUGUUGAAGUCGGUGCAGGUGUGCAGUAAGACCCCACAGCACAUCUGGAGACGCUUUGGCCAUGAUAACUCCACAUCUGUUUACAAACCUUUAUCUUCAGGCUGUUCCAAGUGCUCGUCAGUUGAGUGCGAAGCGUUGCGUAGGAGUCACCAGGAAGCUCUUUAGAUCCUUGAUAUGGUCUCCUCUGUCCACCGUGACCGAGGGCUUUAAAUCUGUUUGAGUCGUUUUUGAGCCGCUUGUAUUAAAGGCAGACGUUUUGACUGUUUUCGAUGACGCAGGAGACGGAAACGUGAACGGGGCUGAUCGACAAUCCACAGAAGAACACACACAUUUUUUUAGUUGACAGACUUCUUGGUUGCUAUCAGUCAGAGAGGACGCAAAACAGCAUUUAUCACCUGGAGAUGUGUUGGUGUCACUUUCCCGUGUGAGCUCUGAUCACAAAUGACAAAAAAUUCUGCUUGUUUUAGGACUAGACUACCUUCCUUUUUAGUACAAUAGCUACUUUUUGUACUUCACAGGUCCAAAUAACAAGAAGUUGGUGUACAUAGUGGUUGUAGAUCAGUCGGCUGACGGUCUCUCUCAGGUUAAUCAAACAUAAUCAAACCUCAUCUGUCUUAGAGAAUAGCCAUCUUGCCAGCUGUCGGCUGGGUCGGACCGCCCUGCAGCUUUGAUCUGGAGUCAGUUUCUGUUUUGCUCAAACGAUCUAAAGGAACUUGAGCAUAUUCGACAAUUUGCUUUAAACCCAACCACAAUUGUAACACCGUUUUUCUCCGGGUGGCUGUAGUUGAAACAAAAAAACAUUACAUGAAA